AUGAGCAUUGAUCUUGGUUCGGAAUAUGGAGGAACCGGGUCUUCUUUUUUUUCCACCAUUCUGGUGAUCGAGGAGCUCGCUAAGGUUGAUCCAUCAGUGGCACUCGUAUGUGAACUCCAGAAUACAUUAACCAAUAAAUUGUUUACAACAUACGGCACAGAAGAACAAAAGAGUAAUUAUUUGCCCAGGCUAGCAAAAAACUUGAUGGGCAGCUUCUGCCUUUCAGAAGUUGGAUCUGGCAGUGAUGCAUUUUCCUUGAAGACUCGAGCUGAAAAGAAAGGUGACUAUUAUAUCAUCAGUGGAUCAAAGAUGUGGAUUAGCUUCGCUGAACAUGCAGGAGUCUUUUUGGUGAUGGCGAAUGCAAAUCCUUCUGCUGGAUAUAAAGGAAUUACAUGUUUCAUUGUUGACCGAGACACAGAGGGCCUACAUGUAGGAAAGAAGGAGGAUAAACUGGGAAUCAGAGCAACCUCUACAUGUCCUGUAACAUUUGAAAAUGUGAAGGUGCCUGAGACCAAGAUUCUUGGGCAGGUUGGACAAGGAUAUAAGUACGCCAUUGGUAUGCUCAAUACGGGCAGAAUAGGGAUAGCUGCACAGAUGUUGGGAUUGGCACAGGGAUGCUUUGAUCACACUAUUCCAUACACAAAGGAGAGAACCCAGUUUGGAAAAAGCAUAUUUGAUUUUCAGGGGAUGCAACACCAGAUUGCUCAGGUGGCCGUACAGCUAGAAGCUGCAAGAUUGCUUACCUACAAUGCAGCCCGACUCUCAGAAACUGGAAAGCCCUUUAUCAAAGAGGCAAGCAUGGCCAAAUACUACGCGGCAGAGGUUGCAACUGUAACAACAAGUAAAUGUAUUGAAUGGAUGGGAGGAGUAGGCUUCACAAAAGAUUAUCCUAUGGAAAAGUAUUACAGGGAUUGCAAAAUUGGAACCAUAUACGAAGGAACUUCUAUUAUCCAGUUGAACACCAUUGCAAAAUGCAUUGCUCAAGAAUACUGAAAUCCAAAA